UAUAUUCAUUUUUUUUUUGUUCAGUUUUUGAGAGGCAUAAGCGACGCAAGCGGAAGUUAAGGUGUGUUCUUGACUUGACAGGUGCUCAAAAAAAGGCGAAUUUUCCCACACAUAUCUGGGCAAGGUGGUGUUCGUGUGCCCUUAGAGACUGUGCCUCGGUCAGCGAUGUCCACUGGGGAGGAUCAGAAUGUGGAAUGCCCGCUGUGCAUGGAACCGCUGGAAAUGGACGACAUCAACUUCUUCCCAUGCACUUGUCUAUACCAGAUUUGUCGAUUUUGUUGGCACCGUAUCAGGACUGACGAAAAUGGGCUCUGUCCCGCCUGCAGAAAACAGUAUCCCGAGGACCCGGCCGACUUCAAACCGCUCUCGGUAGAGGAGCUGCACAGGAUAAAGAACGAGAAGCGCCAGAGGGACCUGCAGAGGAAACAGAAGCUGUCCGAAAAUCGUAAACAUUUGGCGAACGUUCGCGUUGUACAGAAAAAUCUGGUGUUUGUAGUGGGCCUGCCACCACGACUAGCGGACGCGGAAACUCUCAAGAAACAGGACUGUUUUGGUAAAUAUGGUAAAACUCACAAAGUGGUCGUCAAUCAGAGCACCUCGUACGCGGGGCUGCAAGGCCCCUCAGCGAGCGCCUACGUCACCUACUACAAGGCGGAGGAUGCGUUGCGAGCCAUCCAGGCCGUCAACAACGUGAAAGUGGACGGAAGGACUCUAAAGGCUUCCCUCGGCACCACGAAAUACUGCAAUUAUUUCCUGCGCGGCCAGCAGUGUCCAAAGACGGACUGCAUGUAUUUGCAUGAGUUGGGCGACCAAGCGGCGAGUUUCACAAAAGAAGAGAUGCAACACGGUAAACACCAAGAGUACGAGCGUAAGCUGCAUGAACAGAUGUUAGCGGCCAACAAUAACGUGGCUGCGUGUGCCCCUCCGCCCGUGGUGGCUCCGGCCGCUGCGCCUGCCGUGACUACUGCCCCGAAGAAGGCCAACAAGCCGCGCAAGCCAGGGCUGGCACCGCGGCACGCUAGGCAAAGCGAACAGAAAGCGGCAGCCGCAGCUGCUGCAGCGGCUGCGGCAAACAACACUACGAGCGGUGGUACACCACCGGCACCUAAGGAAAACAGAAGCACGCCGCCAGAAGAUCCGUCGCCAACGUUUACGGCAUCCCUAUCGCCCCCGUCGCCCGAGACGUCGAGGGCUGGCGGUGACGAUACGAUCGCCCACGAAGACGAUUUGGGCUUCGACCCGUGGGACGAGUGCUCCAAGGGCCUGGCGGACUUGCUCGAAAAAGAGGCAGUCUCGGCAACCACAUCGACAACGACGGCCACACCACGGUUGGCGAGCAGCAAUCCCCUCGGUGCUCCACCUCCAACAGUUCUAUCAACUCCGCUGACAACCCCGCUUGCAACUCCUCUGUCAACACCUCUAUCAACUCCUCUCUCGACGCCACUGUCAGCACCUUUGGCCACAAGUUUGUCAGCCCCACUACAGGGGCCCUUGUUGUCGAUGCACCAUCAACAGCGGACACCUUUCCUGCAGCCAUCACGCCCAGCGCCGCCUUUUGAACCUUUGCUACGCAGGCCUCCGCCACCACCGCCACCGGGUUUUAGUCCAUUCCUAGUGGGACAGCAAACACAGAAACUGAUGCCCCUGCCAACGCACCAGGGGCCAGCCAUGCCUGGUGCCGGGAAUGGGCUGGCAGAACUGUGCGCGCUGCGCGAGUCCCAAGAAGCACUGCGCUCACUUUUACCCACAGUGAACAUAACCUUCGGGCCACCUCUCGGGGGCAGCCCUCAGGGUGGUGCCGGUCCACACCAUGCACCACACCUGAGGGGGCCUCCGUCUUCACAGUUCGGAAACAGCUGUCCCCCGCCAUGGGGCAACAGUGGUGCUCCAGAUAUGCCCUGGAUUGCUCAGGACCCCGCCAUCCUGACUGGGCGAAGUCUAACAGAUGCCACUAACAUGGCUGCGCGUUUCUAGGCUUCUCUUUCUCUCUACCCGCUGCGCUCUUACCCCAGUUCCGCCUUCCCUCUAUAUUUUUAUUUUCUCUUUGCAUCGACCACUGUGUGGAUCGUGAUGAUUUCCACAGAACCAAAAUUUGACCCGGUUAUGUCUUUCUCUAAGAAGACUCCCUACGGUGCUGCUGUGGAAGCUUUUUUUUUUUCUCCAAUUCUCUCUUUGCUUUCUAAAUUAAAGAAAGAAGAAAAAAAGAUCCCGCCAUGCGAUGGAAUAAAAGGUACGCAGUGAAAUUCAAGGCAUCUGGUUGCAGUUGUCACGAGUGGACCGCCUGGAUGGUUCACUGGUCUACAACAUACCAUGCUAUUCAUUGGCAAAGGAAGAGCAUAAAUUGAUCAGCAGCUGUUACUUGUCACUCUGCUGCAUUACUCUAGCCUUUACUGCAACAACAAAGGCUGGAUAUGCAUCAAUGCUAGCUGAGUUUAAGGUCACUUGUAGCUGUUGGAGGGCAUGCACUCUGAUAUAACUAAAUGAGCAGCCUAAAAAUUCUAUUGCACCUGGUGAGGGUUGUCAUUGGUUAUUGAAACGUGCAAAAGAUGCUCUCAGCUGCAAUCAUUGCUGAAGAAGCAUUCUGAUGCUAUGGCAUGUACCAGUGUGUAAUCGGACCUUGGCGAAAGAGGCAAAAGCUGCUGUUUUGUUUGGUCUUAUUCCUUCCUCCAGAGUCUAUGGCAUGGGGUUCUUUAUAUGUUCUCUUUGUUCUCUCUUUUUCUCUGUAUCUCAUUAACACACUAUAGCUCAGAGCCACAAAUGCACUGUUUGUGUCCUCAAGCUCGUCAUCUAUUGCUUUUUUUUUUCAGUGUGCGAUGAUCUGGAGCUUUCUAUACAAGCAGCUUACCCUUGUUGCAUUUUGUUUAAAGUUUGUUAUAGUGCAAAUAUUUUUGGAACAAAGCAUCUUCUUCUUUUUUUUAGUGAUCGUGGCUAUUUUUUGCUUUCUGAGCAAGACAACAGUUGAUAUUUUUGUUAUUCAGUUUCACAGUAUCGAUGUCAGUGCUGUGACUAAAUGGAUUUUAUGCAUAAAAAGAACUUCUAUCGUAACAA